AUGAAGCUGGGGAAGGUGUGGUACCCAAUAGAGAAGGACCUGGAAUGCCAGAUGCUUGGGCGUUUCUCCCAAGCCAAGUGGGAGAAGUCCUUUGACCCAGUAGAGACAAGUAAAGGCUUGUCAUCCCUGGUGGGCAAGUCGGCCACUGUUUAGGUCCCCAUGAUGGACCAGGUGGAGGAGUUUGCUUUCUGGUCGGAUCCAGAGCUGAACUGCUCUGUGCUGCAAAUGGGCUACUGUGGAGACGCCCUGGCCUUCUUCAUCCUCCCUGGCCAGGGCAAGAUGAGGCAGCUGGAACAGGCCUUGUCAGCCCCGAGCCUGAGGAAGUGGGGCCACUUGCUCCAGAAGAUGCAGAGAUGGAGGCCCCACAGGCUCUGGCCUCACCUUUUGCUUUUACUUCUUCACAGAUUGGUAGAGGUAUUCAUUCCAAAAUUGUCCAUUUCUGCCUUUUAUGACCUGGGAACCAUCCUCCCAAAGGUGGGCAUCAGGGUUGCCUUUGACCACAAUGUGGGUUUUUCCAGAAUUGCAAAGAAACACCCACUGCUGGUUUCCAAAGCCAUCCACAAGGCUGUGCUGGAUGCCAGCGAGGUGGGUACCAAGACCGCAGUGGCCACCAACAGCAGGCUCACAGCCCAGUUGAAGGACAAACCCUCCUAUUCCAUCAUCUACUUUGAUAGGAAAUAA